CUCUUUCCUCUCUCUGAAUCCAAAUGUCCGUCUUGUCAUCAUUGAUCAACAUUGUUAUAAUUUAUAAUCUAUUUAAUGUUUUAAUGCGAUUUAUUAUAAAAUUUUAGGGACUCAUUUUGAAAUUUAAAUAACAUUUAUUGUUUUUUUCGAAUCAACAAAAAUUUUGUCUACUGUUAUCGAUGCUCCAAUAAAAACGUUGUUUUUCUUGAUGUGCCACUGCAACUAUAUCUUUAUUUUCUCAAUUUUACGAUCGUAGUAGUAAGUAUCAAGUGUUACCUGUUCACUGCAAUGAAUACAACAGAUCUUGCUUUAGGAAAUAAAAACCUGAACAUGGAUGAAGAUCCAUUGUUAAUGAAGUCGAAAUCACCAGGUUUGAAGUGUGACAUUCUUAAUGAAUGUCAGAUGUUUUUAAAGGCUGAAGAUGGAAGUGGAGAUACGCAUAUAAACACAGUGGGAAGUGUGGGCGAAGGAAAAGCAGAAAAGCCAAAGUUUGUUACUUCAACACCAGAUCAAAAGAAGGACUGUACAUCAGAAAACCAGAUUACAAAUUCUAAUUUAGAAAGCAACAUAGAAGAUUUACCUGUGGAUGAUAGUUUGCCAAACACAGUGACAGUGUUAGAUGCCCCAGAUGGUGGGAAAGUUUAUGUAGUGGGCACUGCUCAUUUUAGUUUGCAAUCUCAGGAUGAUGUAUCAAAGGUCAUUCAGGAAGUUAACCCACAUAUAGUCAUGGUGGAAUUGUGUCAACAAAGGACUAAUAUAUUACUCUUGGAUGAGGAGGUAAUACUAAGAGAAGCUAAGAAUAUAAAUAUAAAGAAAAUAAGGGCAACAAUGGCUCAAAAUGGAGUGUUCAAUGGCCUUAUGUAUAUUUUGUUACUAAAUAUGUCCGCUCAUAUCACUAGGGAGUUGGGUAUGGCACCAGGUGGAGAAUUUCGACGCGCUAUGGCUGAGGCCAAAAAAAUUCCGAACUGCAUUGUGCAACUUGGUGACAGAGCAAUAGAUAUCACUCUUCAUAGAGCGAUAGCAUCAUUAUCUUGGGGACAGACAAUACGAUUCAUUUGGCAUUUGCUCACCUCUAAUCAGACAAUUAGUGCCGAAGAAGUAGAGAAAUGUAAACAGAAAAAGAUGCUGGAGGAUAUGUUGGAAGAGAUGGCUCAAGAGUUUCCGGCUCUCGAGCGUGUAUUUGUUGUCGAGAGGGAUAUGUACCUUUGUCACUCCUUGCAAGUUGCAGCUUUGCAACCCCGUAGAGAACCUUGUCGCAUAGUGGGCGUUGUGGGUAUCGGUCAUGUUGCUGGCAUAGUGGAGCAUUGGGGCAAGAUUACGCCUCAAGACAUAUCACCACUGUUAGAGGUACCGCCGCCGUCGGUGUCGACCCGCGUGGUUCGCGUGACGGCGCGCGUGGCGUGCGUGGGCGCACUAGUGUGGGUCACGUGGCGCUUGUUGCCGCGUCGCUGGCUGCCUUGAUCGUUGCCCGGUCUUUAUUUGAUCGUCUUGCCUCUCCGUCAAUGCUGGACCAUCUGCAUAAUAAUUUCGCUGAAGCCUGUGGAAGGAAGUGUUAAGAAUUUAUUAUUUAUAAGAAUUAUAAAAUACGUCUACAUGCAAUUUUAAUCUAGUGUGACUUAAAUAUAUAAUAAUCUUACCUACAGUAUAGAACUUUAAUGGGUUUCAUUUGUGAUUAUAAAAAUAUCGUCACAAAAAAUUUGGUUGUAUUUUUGUCUUGUUUGUUGUUUAAUUUGGUCCUUCCUACCAAAUUAAUUUUAAAAAAAUAUCCUAUUUUGUAAAUAAUUAAUAUCUUGUGAUUUCUUUAUUAACUAAAAAGGACAAUUGUUUAAAA